UAUAUAUUUUCUUUAGAUGUUCUAUAAUCAAUAUAUAAAUAUAUUGUAUAGAUGUUUUUCUUGUCCGAUUUCCGAAUUUCUCAGAAAUUGCCUAGACGUCAGACUUCUGAUAAUAUCGCAAUCAUGGGGCAUCAUUAACUGCAUUUUCUACGGUUGAUGGUAUUACCCCUUGAUCAGAAAACAUUCACAUGUUUUCGUCAUAUCUCAUUGUUAAGAGGAGGGGUCUUCAUUGCCAUCAUCAAGCACCGAGAGUCGCUAUUCAACCACUGAGGGAGACUAUUCACCCAUUCACUGUCAAAAAAAGGUGCGAUCGCGCACAAUGGGUUAUGUGCAGUGCACUAACUCACGACCAUGGACAAUAUUUUACUGGAUCAGAGUAAGAAAAUAACGGAGAUUCUUAAACUGAGCCUCUUAAAUUGGCCCACGUACUGUUUAAUGUAGAUAUGCUAUAUAUUAAAAAAAACAUUAAGCAACUUAUGAAAUAGCUACCGCAUGAGUUCCCAAAUCCGCAAGUGGGGUCUCCAAAACGACGUGGAAAGAAUAAUGUAUAUAGAUAGUGCUGAACGCCAAGUGUAGAAGAUGCAAACUUUUAUAUGUGCAGAAAAGCGGAGAAAUUAGUUGUCAAUGGAGAAAUCUGACAACCAAACCGCAGGUGCUGAAACGGACAGCUCCGGGCGCAGCGUCCGUGCGCUCAUCGGCUGCGUCCUGUUCAUCCUGAUCGUUUCAACGCUUCUUGGGAAUACACUCGUUUGCGCCGCGGUGAUCAAAUUUAGACACCUUCGAUCUAAAGUUACCAACUUUUUUGUCAUCUCGUUGGCGGUAUCAGAUCUAUUCGUGGCCGUUCUUGUGAUGCCGUGGAAGGCUAUGUCUGAGGUGGCCGGCUGCUGGAUCUUCGGCAGCUUCUGUGAUACCUGGAUAGCUUUUGACAUCAUGUGCUCCACCGCGUCAAUUCUCAAUCUCUGUAUAAUAAGUAUGGACAGAUACUGGGCAAUUUCGAGCCCUUUUCGAUAUGAGCGUAAAAUGACCCAUCGGUUUGCCUUCGUUAUGAUCGGAGUGGCAUGGACCCUCUCUAUUCUUAUCUCCUUCAUUCCAGUUCAGCUCAAUUGGCACAAAGCAGAGGAGGAAAAUGCAACAGGGAACGACAUUAAUGAAAUCGAGUACUGCAACGCAAGCUUGAAUAGCACAUAUGCCAUAUCUUCCUCACUGAUAAGUUUUUACAUUCCAGUUGUUAUUAUGGUUGGCACUUACACCCGGAUCUACCGGAUUGCGCAAACCCAGAUCCGGAGAAUAUCAUCGCUGGAGAGAGCCGUGGAACACGCGCAGAACAAUCAACAAGCAACCGAGCAAACAAACUCCUUAAAAAGAACUUUUAAAAAAGAAACGAAAGUUUUAAAAACACUUUCUAUCAUUAUGGGAGUUUUUGUAUUUUGCUGGUUACCUUUUUUUGUGGUCAACUGCAUAGUACCUUUUUGUGACAUCAAUAAUGUUGGUGAUCACCUGUGCGUAAGUAACACCACUUUUAACAUGUUUGUGUGGUUUGGAUGGGCCAACUCCUCGUUAAACCCAGUUAUAUACGCAUUUAAUGCUGAUUUCAGGAAAGCAUUCUCCACCAUUCUGGGCUGCAAUAGAUACUGUUCCAGUUCUACUGUAGAAGCUGUCAAUUUCAGCAACGAGUUGGUGUCUUACCACCACGACACUACGCUCCAGAGAGACACAAAUAUCAAUGCCUCUGCGCACUGUGCUCAACGCCAGCCCGUGGUCUCACACGGUGAAGACUUGGACGUACCGUUUGACAAAGUCUCCAUUAUCUCGGAUGUUUCACGUAACCCAAGAAACCUUAUCCUGCCUGCAACACUGCAGUUUGAAUGUGAAGCAGAAAUAUCCUUAGAUAUGAUGCCUUUCCCCUCAACUGGGCCCAGUGAGUGCUGUGUGAUUCCAGGUCAAAUUGAGGAUAUGUGAAACUAGUCUACUUUGUGUCUUUUUUAUGUUUGAUAUACAGUAUACUAUUAUACCUAUUUUCUGAUCUUCACAUGGUGUUAUAGUGUACAAUAUUAUGUCUAGCAUUGUAUAUAAAAACAUUGGUACAAACCUCAGGUAAUUGAGUUGAAUAUGAAAAAAGAAAUAAAUAGCAUUUUUUUUUUUUUUUUUUUACAAUUUAUAACAACAUAUAAUUAUGUCAGUACCAUAAAUUGUCUAUGUAAAAUACCAUGCCAU